UAUUCACUUGGACAACGGACGGUGUGGUCACCUUUAUUCUUGAUUGCCGUUUGCUGUCCAAUUGUUAAUUCCCCAGUGCGACAGAUUUCAUUACAUAACAUACGAGCAGUUUUGUGUAUCUCGAAUCGGUUGAAUCACUCGUGUGCGGGAGGAUAAGAGCGAUAGAGAGAGAAAAAGCCGUUCUACAUCAAGGAAAAAAAAGAGAGUUGCUCUGCGUGGGUGGAAGAAAAACCGCAACUCGGUCGUGGGAUAGAAAAAAGAGAAAGUCCGUCGCUGGCGUCGCUGGCGUCGCUGCUGCUGCCAGCCAUCCCUCCCGAAAAUGAGCCGGCCUCUGACGGCCAACUCUCGCAACGAAGCCGAAAUGAUGUCGAAAGCCAAACGCCAACAAACCAUGGCGCAGGAUCCACUUGAGAAGCUUCGUUGUCAACUCCUGGCUCGCGGAGCCACCGGCAUUAUCGGAUUUGGCAAGGUAUUCCGUCGCAUGGAUGACGAUGGAAAUCGCUCGCUGUGCUACGAAGAAUUCCGCAAAGGAAUUGAAGAAAGCGGCGUCAAGACUGAAGAUGGAAGUCGCGCACUCUUUGAUGCUUUUGACAAGGACGGUUCCGGAUCCGUGUGUAUCAACGAAUUUCUGAAAGCUAUACGGCCGCCCAUGUCGGAAGGGCGCAAGCGAGUCAUUGCGGAAGCUUUUAAAAAACUCGACCGAACUGGAGACGCAAUCGUUACUCUCGAAGAUUUGAAUGGCGUCUACAAUGUCAAACACAAUCCAAGAUAUUUGAGCGGAGAAGAGACUGAAGAGCAAAUUCUCAAAAAGUUCCUCGCUAAUUUCGAAUCAAACGGUUCAAUCGAUGGAAUGGUGACGUACGACGAAUUUCUAGACUAUUACGCCGGAGUCAGCUCGUCGAUUGAUCACGACGCCUACUUUGAUCUGAUGAUGAGACAGGCGUGGAAAAUCUAAUCGAUUGCUGUUCCACACUGUUCAUUCUGUGCUCCCUCCCCCAUUCAUAUCUUGACGGAGUAUAGAACGACGAGCGAAUCUUCUGAUGAGGGAAGAUCUUUAUGGCUGCCGAUAGAUAUAACCUAUUCCAUUUCGCCUGCGCCAAGCUCUUUCUUCUCAUGUUUUCCCCCUUCUUCCAGAAUUGAAAUUUUUAUUUUCAGGUUUUAUUGUUUCAGCCCCUUGAAAGAUUUUUUCUUGAAAUCCAUUUUUGACCUUUGUCCAUUUCUUAUUGCUAUCUCGAUGCAUUAAACACAUCUCCCUAUA